AUGACGGCAAGGAGCAUCUCGACUCUUGCUCGACUGCCCACGCUUGCGACCACAGCGCUCCGUUUCUCCAGGACAGCAUCAUCAGCGCCUCCUGCACACUUCUCUACAGCACCCCUCCUGCGUCAGACCAAAACCAUCUCCGCCUCCACCAUGUCGUCACAGUCCGCCAAAGUGCUCAAGACGAUCCCACUCGAGGACUCGGAUGCCAAAUGGGUGGGCCUGCGCGCUAUCGAGUGGGUGGACCCCUCUGGCAAGCAGCGCAAGUGGGAGUCCGCCGACCGCAAGACCCGCAAGGGUGACGUAGACGCCGUUGCCAUCAUGACCAUCAUCCACCGCCCGUCGUCCGAGCCGCACAUCCUGCUCAUCUCGCAAUACCGACCGCCUGUCGGCAAGAGUUGCAUCGAGAUGCCUGCCGGGCUGAUCGACGAGGGCGAGGAAGGUGACGAAGGGACGAACAGGGCAGCGCUGCGAGAGCUCGAAGAGGAAACAGGGUAUGGGACGGACAAGGAAGGUGGCAAGGUCAAGAUCGAGGAGACAUCGCCAACGAUGUUCAAUGACCCAGGACUGACCGGUGCGAAUAUGAAGAUGGUGGUGGUCAACAUCGAGUUGAAGGACGAUGCGCCCGAGCCGGUGGCCAAGCCCGAGGAGGGAGAGUUCAUCGAGAAGUAUCUGGUGCCCGUGAAAGGCCUCUACAAGAGUCUGAAGGACUUCCAAGCGAAAGGCUAUGCUGUUGAUGCUCGACUAGCGCAUCUUGCGAUUGGGCUCGAAAUUGGUUCUGGCAAGAUGGGUCGUUUGUAG